UUUUAUUCGAGAGUUACUGCCCGUUGUGUCAAGGAAACAUGUAAACUUCCUCUGAGAUUUUUUUUUAUUAUUGAACUCAUAGAACGGGCUAAAUAUUUAUUUUUGUGCCAUGGCAUUAAGUUAAACAUGUUUAAUAUGUUUAAAUAAUAUGUAUACUUCAUGUAAUAACAUUAUAACUGAAAUACCGUGCGAAAUAAAUCUGGACAAAAACAAACAACAUGGCGGCCAGUGCCAAAAUGUCGUUUAAUCAUUAUCAAAAUGGAAAGUACGGUACAUUGCCACAGAAUACAAACAACGAUAUGGAGGUUACACAGGAUAUGCACCUUAAGAUGUCAAAAAAGAUUGCACAGCUGACAAAGGUUAUCUAUGCGCUGAAUACUAAAAAUGAUGAACAUGAAGCUGUGCUCCAACAAAUCAAAGAACAACAUGAGGAAGAAUUACAGCAGCUACUCAAGGAAACAAAAGAAAAAAUUGCCCAGUUUAAAGAGAAGAUAAAUGCUGAAACCUCGCAGAAUAAAAGACUGGAAUAUCUAGAGAAAAGUUUAGUUGAACAUGAAUCUCUUAAGAGCAGGCAUUUAAACCAGUUUGAUUCAUUUAAAAGAGAAGCUGAAGAAAGAGAAAUGAGGCUUAAAUCAGAACAUGCACAAAAGAUGCUUGAACUGUCUCAAGAUGUGCUUCACACAAAAAAGGAUUUUGAAGAAAAGUUAAGACAAUUUGAAGCUUGGAAAGAAGGCGUUAAUGAUGAUAAUGAAAGAAAAAUAGGAGAACUGAAAUUAAGCCAUGAAAAAGAAAUUGAGGCAGUUAGAAAUCUGAGCAAAGAUCAGAGUAAUGACUGGUUAAAUGAAGUUAAAAAGGUUGAAGAUAAAUAUAAGGCAGAAUUAGAAACAUUGCAUGCUAAAUUUAAAGAAAUGGAAGAGCAAAAACUUCAAAUGAAAGAGGAAUAUGAAGCCAAACUUGAAAAGGCACGUCUAUUCUAUGAAAAGGAACUAGAAGCUGUUAUGAAAAUGAAUAAUAUUUCUUCUGAAGAAGCUAAUAGGAUGUUACAAGAAGAAAAAGACAAACUAAGCAAAGACUUUGCAGCUCAGGAAGCUGAACUUAAAAAACAAAUAAACAGUGUACUUAGUCAAUUAACUGAUAAAGAAGAUGAGGUGGACAAACUAAAUGAAACAUUAAAAAAUUUAGAAAAUAAUCUACAAGAAAAAGAUGGUAGUUCACAUGAUCUUUUAAAACAGUUACAAAGUGCCCAUGAUGAAAACAAUGCCAAUCUUGCUAAACUGAGAGAUACAGAGAAUGAACUAGCUGUAAUGAAAGAACGUUGCAGUAGACAGGAAGAGGAAAUGGUGAAAAAGUCAGCCACCAUUGGAAAUCUUGAAGCCACAAAACUACAGAAUGAAUCUACAAUACAAGAUUUAGAAGGUGAAAUAAACAAACUGAAGGAUAAACUUGCAUGGUUAGAGAAGGAACGAAUGAACCUUGAACGACAAAAGUCGAGUCUCACUCAAAACCAAAUGUCUCAAUUGAAAUCAUUAGAAAAGUCGCUGGAAGAUUUAUCAAUAGAGAAACAAACAAUGAAGGAAAGAUAUGAGCGUGAGAUCGAGUCAUUACGCAACAACUCCAGCAAGUCUGAGAAGGAACUCCAUUCUCAGCAUACAGCAGAAUUGGAGAAAUUACGGGAAAAGUUAAUGUCCGAACUUGCUGCUCAAAAACAACAGGCUGAGAAACUUUUAGAACAGACAAAACAGGAGUUGAACGAGCAGCGUGAAACAGAGGUCACUGACAUUACUAAGAAACGUGACACUGUACAAACAGAGCUUGACAACUUGAGGUCAGAGCUGACCAGUAGACUAAAGUCUGCAGAGGAUGAGGUUGCAAGGGUGAAUGGGCUAUUACAAAACAAAGAGCAGGGUCUAGGAUCAGCCACUGGUAUGAUAAACAGUCUACGUGAUGCAAACACUCAACUACAACAACAACUAGAGAAAUCUAGACUGGAACAUAAAGCUGAGAAAAAUCGAGCAUCUGCACUGCAGACUGAGCUGGAUAAGUUGAGACUUCAAUAUGAAGCUGACAUGAAAAAAGCCAAGAUAGAAUUCCAGGAGAAAAUAGAGCAGACAAAAUCUGAACUUGAUAUAAAAUGGCAGGACUAUCUCAGACGAGAAUGUGGUAAACUACGUGAAGAAAUUACGGAACAAAAAGACAGUGAGAUGAGAGCAGCUUUAGAACAAUUAUCAAAGAUGAAAGAUGAAGAAAUAAUGGCCACUCGAUCAGGCUGGGAAAAUAAAGUUGCUGAUCUUACCAAGCAGAUUGCAUCUUUGAAAGAAAGUAUGGCCACAAACAACUCCAAGUUGUUAGAAGAGCAGGAGAAGAUGAGGCUGGAAGCUGAGGAAGAGCGGCGGCGCCUGGAACAGGAUCUACUGAAGGCUGCUGAUGAGUACAUGGUUAAGAUACAGGCUCUAGAAGCUAUACAUGAAGAAAACAUCAGUAAAUUGAAGGAAGAAAACCAAAAAGACCUAGAGGAUUUAAAGAAACAAUUAUCAGAGAAGCAUCUAGAAGACAUGCAAGCACAAAUGUCAGCUCAUAAAGUAACUGUAGACAGCCUAAAAGAUCAAGCUGACCGCGAGAGACAGGCAGAACUUGAUGCUCUCAGGGCUAAAUUGGAGAAAGAAAAAGACAGUCUACGUGAUGAUAUGUAUCAACGUCAUAUGCAGGAACUGGACAAAAAAUCCAAAGAGCAUGAGGCACACAUGCAGGCAGCUAGAAUGGAACUUGAAAGGGCAGUUGAAAUCUCUAAACAGAAGGAAAGAGAUCAUGCUCUUCGUGUAGAAGAUCUCCAAGGGGAGAUCACUCAGAGAGAAAGACAUAUCACAAACCUGAAAGAAGAUUCAUCCAAGCUACAGACAAGUAUAAAUCAUUUGAACAAAGAGAUAGACUUCAAACGGCAAGAAAUUCAGAAAAUAAAGAGUGAAACUCAAAACCAAAUUAGGUUGGUAGAAAAGAAGAUGUUGGAGAAAAUGGAGAGAGAGAUGGAGAAUCUACAAGCGGAUCAUCUACGUGACUCACAGGAACUUGUGAGACAGUUUAAUGAGGCUCAAGAAAUACUCAAAGAUAAAAUCUCAGAACUCCAGAUCAUGUUACAAGAGGCAGAAGAUAGGUAUGAGAAUCGUGAUUCCCGGCCAGAAGAUUUAGAACUGAUUGACCAGCUCAGAGAAAGAGUUCGGGAAAAAGAAGAAAGAGUGCAUGCUCUUAUAGAAGAGAAGAAGUUCUUUCAGAUGGAACUUGUAAAUAGGGAAACCAAUUUUAAUAAAGUAUUCAGUGCAAGUCCAAAUGUAGGAGUUCUUAAUCCUUUAGAUGCAAAGAAACGAGGUUCUAAAGGAAAGGGAAACAACUCUGCACCAAACUUAAGUGGAAGGCUGGACCCUUUACCCAACUCUCCAAUACAUCAUGGUCAGUUGAACCCAUCAAGACCGUUGCCAUCUUUCACAAAGAAGUUUGUGAAAUGAUAAUAAUUAGCGUUAUUUACUAAACAGGAUCCAUCCAAUGCUCAGGAAAAAUGUUUUUACCAACUGAUAUAUAAAAACAGACCUUUGUAAAGGAACACUGCUUAUAACUUUAAUUUGUAAUUUAGAAGUUAUUGUAUUCUGGAGGUGGUCUUAAUAGAAGAUUGAUAACAUCAAAUGUUAUGGACAUAUUGUUUGCUUUUCAGUCAUAAAAUUAUCAUGGUUUAACUCAUUUAGUAUAUAAAUAGUGUCAGCAUUGAAUUAACAAUUCUUCUUAGUUUGUUUUGUUUUUGUUAUUUGCCAUAUUAUAAAUACAAAUCAAAGGUAAAAUUUGUGUUUAUAAGUUGAGCGUGUAUAUCACAAAUAAGUGUAAUAGUUAUAAAAUGGAUUUGCAGCAAAUAAACCAAAAGAUGUUAUUAUAUGAAGUACACAUUGAUUUAUAUUUAUUUAUCAUAAGUGCUAUAUUCAUUGACAAAAACACACCAUUCUGUAGUAUUUAUUAUCAGAACUAGUAAUUUUUAUCUUUUAUCAAUUACCGACUAUUUUUUUUAUCUUUGAUACAUUAUUGCCUAUGCCUAAGUUGUUGUUAAAAGUUACCAAAGUAGCAAUUUUUAUCUUUUAUUUAUUACCAAAAAACUAGCUAUUUUUUAUUUAUCUUUAAUACCUAUGUUAAAAGUUGUACAAAGUUACUGGCUUAUUACCGAAUGUAUGCCCUUAAGCAGUUGUUAGAUUGAGCCUAACUAGGGUCAUUACCUUUCUUCCUUAACUGAAAUCAGUCCUGGUUACUAGUAGUAAAUAGUUCAGGUUAGCAGACUCCCGAAUAGUUAAAAAUAUGCUUUCUGCCUUUUUCCCUAUGAAUAGAAAAUAAAGUUACUAAAGUCGCCAUAUAACUUUGAAUUUGUGUGGUUCUUUGGUCGUUAUAUAGAACACAUACAUGCUUUGUGUUUUUUUUCAUUGUACUUAAAUGCACAGAUAUGCAUACAAUAUUUAACUCCGGUAGUUGUCUUUUGUAUUUUUUCUGUACAAGAUAAUUGUCAUAUCAAUUGUCCUCUAUUACACUCAAACUUUUAUUGGGGGUAUAUAGUGUAUGAAAACCAAAACGAGGGUUUUGUUGAUGUUUUGAAAUGGACUUUUUUUAUUCAAAAUAAGGUCAUUUUGUAUGCACAUGAUAUAUGCUAGAGUGGGUGGCAAAGCACUCGUAUGUUAAUAAACCUUCACUGACUGAUUGAAGUCCUAUAGUCCUGUUUUUCUGUGGGAAUGGUAUCUUAAAAAAAGUUAAGAGUCUUAAUUUUUAUUUCUUUGAGAAUAAGAUACAAUUGAGGUCACUUCAGCUUUGUUUCCAAUUUUUUUAUACAGUAUAUGAAUACUGAACAGUUUUGGAGUAUAUUUGUUUGUGAGUUUUAUAGCCAAGGUUGCAUUUAAGUCAGUUGUAACGACACUAUAAUCACUUAUUAGUCACACUAUUUUCACUUAUUGUGUUUGAACCAGUAUUUUUUUUAUCUAUCCAUUUGUUUUUUUGUUUUUGUUUUUUUCUAAAACCAGUUCAAAGUUUAAAGCUAAUUAAAACUUGGAACCAAUCUAAUUAAGGUUCUUUAUAUACUGUUGACAUGUGCAAUGAUAGAUUGGACAUAGAUAAGUUAUAGAUGCACAAACUAUUACAAGUGAACAAAUGCUCAGUUGUGUAAAAGGCCUUAAAAUCAGGGUAGCUUACAAAAGGUCAGUGGUUCAAGUAUGGUGCCUGCUCAUGACUGAAAUAACCCACAGAAAUGUACCUGAGAGUUUCCUCUAGCACUGAAGCUGAAAAAUCACCAUAUUACUUUGAUCAUGUUUGUGUAUUUUGACUCUGACUACACUUGAUAUCUACAACUGACUUUUCCAUUUAGACAAAACCACAAAUUAAAAACAUGUAUUGACUGAAUAGUAAAAAGUGCGGACUAUGAUCAGAUGGCAUGGAUUUGCUGGCUAAUUUUUGUUUGCACUUGUUGUGUGGGUAGAAUCAAGAGUUCAGAAUUGUUUUUUAAAGAAUUUUAGGGGAGUAAAAGUGAAUUUUGUGAUACUGCUUGAACUUAAAUAAAUUUUAGAAAGUAUUCUUAAAACUUACCCAGUUUUGAUUUUUUUUUCAAUUGUUUAAAAUCAUGUUGUAAGUAGAAGAGUCUUUUUUUAAAUUCGAUCUUUUUGCACUUUGUCUGUUCAGUGUUGAAUAGAGAUUUGUUUAAUGUAUUAACAGUAAAAGUAUUAUUGACUUUUAAAUUUAGGGUGUUAAUUUCUUGUUUGUUAUGGUUUCAUUAAGCAAUUUUAAGACUUAUUCUAUUCUGUGUAUAAAACUGUUAAGCACUUCUGUGAUACAUACAUAUAUAAAACGUAUAAUGUAUUUGUUCAAAUGAUGUAACAGUUGUGAUGAUUUUUUAAAUGUUUGUUGUCAACAGACCAAUUUGAAGACAGUUCAUGAAAUAUCUGUAUAUUUGAUCUGAGUAAAAGGUGUAGAGAUUGUAGAUGUAAAAAAAAAUAAAUAGCAUGAGCUUAUGAAAAUUAAAUUUGCUCUCAUUCAACUUCAGGCAGUCGUAUUACUUCAUUAAAAAAGACAGGAGUUUUAUUCAUUACUUAAAAUAUCUAUAUUCAUAUUAGCGUUUUUGUUUCCAAAAAUAAUUCAAAUUGAUUGUUGAAUGUAGGUAAGUUUUCAAAUGACUGAAAAAGUAUAACUUUCAUAUCUUAUCUACAUUUGUAUUUUAGAAUUUGAGAUAAUGAUGACCAGGUUUUUUUUUAAGUAAGAAAUUACUUACCCUUUAAAUACCCAAUUCAGCAAACAUUGUGAUAUAUUUGCUGGUAGUAAAGUAUGCUGUUUUUGCAAUGAUUCCUCUAAACAAAUAUCUGCUUACUUUGAUAGGAAUGAAAAGCUUGUAACAGGUACAAAAGCCAUGAAUAAAAUGUUUUGAAUAAGUUAUGUACAAUUUACAGUAUUUUGUUUUAAUAUUUUUGUUUCUGUGAUAGAUGCUAGAAACUGCUGAUCUUCAUAUUGAAAUAAAUAUUUAAAAUGUU